AUGAAAUAUAAAGAUAGAGCACGAAUCACUGCAUCGAUCGAUGAUAGAUUGGAUGGUAGUGUUUGGAGUGAUGAUGCGGAUCGUAAUAGCAAUAAAUUUGUUAAUAAUGUUCAUAAUAAAAGCAAGCAUUAUCAACAAUCGGAUGAACGUCGUGUUUCAACGGCUGAAUAUUUUGAUGCGAUUGUGAAUGCAAUCGCUCCAGGACCUUUAGAUAUUCCACCGUUUAAUGGAUUGCAACAGUCAUUCUCUCAGAACGCAUCCAACAAAUUCACAACGACAUUACGAGCAAUCACAGAUCACCUAAUGCACAGCGCUGAGAAAGUCUAUACUGGUAGCAAGAGUAGCAGUAACGUUGAAUAUUCAUUGAAUAAUCUAGAAACUGAUUUUGGUGAUGAAGCAGCAAUAAAUCGUUCACCACCUCAUCGUGUCGUCGCCGUCAUUCAACAUCCUCAUAACGUUUUUGUGCAAUAUCACCUGCUCACGGAUAGAUUAUUCAAUCAUAACGUUUUGUAUUGUACAGCGCUGGUGAGUCCGCCGAACAAUAUUCGUGUGCAAGCCACCUCAAACAGUUCGGCGGUUGUGCAGUGGGAUUUCGAUGGCGAAUCAGUGGAUGGCUUUGUGGUUAAAUACAUCCACGAACCAUCGUCCGGACAAAGAGAUAGUGAACGUUGGAAAGCGAUGACAAUAAUGGACCCAUCGGCCAGGCAUCUGCAUAUCGCUCAGUUGACGACGCAUAAACCAUACGCGUUCUGUGUUCUUGCCAUCCGACAGAACCGGCAAGGUGCGUGCUCGGAUCCACCAACAACAAUCGACCGUCUUAUGCCAACUCAUAUGGUUUCGAAUUUGGUGGUUGCAUGGAAGACGAGCAAUUCAGUGAUGCUUAAAUGGGAUUAUUCAGGACCUCAACCAAUUGGUUUCUAUGUGAACCAAACGGGUCGUAAAGACUACUUUGAUCAGCAUCUGCAGCUGAAGGGGAUGGUCUCACCAGGUUUUCGUCAAGAGCUAGAUGGACGUCAAAGGGAGCACCUAUGGACGACGCUGCGACCAUAUAUGGAAUAUACAUUUCACGUAGGUGUUCGCGAAUUACCACCGUCCGAGAAGGAGUACUGGCCUCAAGAAAAGGUCGUAAGGACUGACCCAGCAGGACCACCAUUCGUUGAUGUUCCUGAGUUUUUGGAAUCUCAAGAGGCUGGCACUGCGUUAAUAAGGCUUAGAUGUGCUAGUGAAGAAUAUGGCCCAAUCAGUCAUUAUUGGCUUAUUGUUGUUCCGGGCAAUUUCACUCAGGAUGAUGUGUUGAAUUUGGAUUCGAGUUCGCUACAAAAAAGCACUGCUCAUAUGAAACCCCGUCGCGAGCACCUGGGAGCAUCACAUCGCUCAGUGCUUGCUGGUGACAGCGGUCACACUGUAAAGAAAGCACGUAAAGCGAAUAAGCAUAAUACUCACAACAGGUACAUAAUUCAUGCAUCCAAGUCACUUGCUUUUUUCAUAUCACCCGUAUUUGUGUUAUUAAUUUCUUACUUUUUCAGGCGUUUCCUGCAUGAACCUCGCAUGGUACGGGGCGCUUAUAUUGCAGCCGGUAUUCCGGUUCUUGAAAUGCAACAAAUGCAGCGUGAUGACCGACCGUUUCCGCUUGGUGAUGGGCAAAUAUAUGAUGGCUACGAAAAUUGGCCAUUAGACAGUAACAGUCGUUACCGGUUGAUGAUGCGUGCAUUUGCGAGGGAGGACAGUGUUAGAAAUAACGAACGUCCGUUCGAAUAUCGAGCUCCAAUGCAAGAACCGUUAGCAAAGCGUUAUUCGGAUUCAAUGUUAAGCGAACCUUUCUCAACAAAGAUGGCUGCUCAUACUCGUGAUGCUCGUGCUUCUAAUCUCUGGCUGAUAGCACCUCUUGUCGCCGUCCUAAUUAUAGCGUUGAUUGUUGGAAUGCUUGUUAUAUGGUGGUUGCGAUGUAAUAAGAAAGGAUCAAAUCGUGGUGCAAAUCGUCAUGGUUCAAUCACAAAAGUUGCACUUGCUGGAAGUAGCAUUCCCAGCGAAACGUCUAAAUUGCUCGUCUCGGGUGAUGUUUAUGGACGACAAGUAAUGAAUCCGUACGAUCAGAUGAAUGCAAACGGUGGAUGUGCAAUCGAGACUUCGGUGGAUAUGUAUCCUCUUCAUCAAACGCAUCACCCCACUUCAUCAGCAACCACUCAGAAUUACAGCUCUGUGCCAGUACCGAUGCCUCUGUUGCCGUCAAGUGGCGGAGUCGUCGGUGGUCAUACGCUUUCACAUCCCCCUAUUCCCAUCUCUGAAUUGGCUGCACAUAUCGAAAAACUGAAACUGAAUAAUAAUGCGCUCUUUCAACAGGAAUAUGAAAGCAUUGAGACCGGUCAACACUUUACGUGGGAUCAUUCGAAUAUGGAUGAGAAUAAGUCGAAGAAUCGUUAUGCGAAUGUGGUUGCUUAUGACCAUUCACGUGUCGUGCUGAAUGUUAUCGAUGCGAUCCCGAAUAGUGAUUACAUAAAUGCAAAUUAUGUGGAUGGUUAUGAGAAGGCGAAGGCAUACAUUGCGACACAAGGACCGCUUCCUGAAACUUUUGCUGAUUUUUGGAGAAUGGUUUGGGAGGAGAACUCGGUGACAAUUGUGAUGUUAACGAAACUCGAAGAGAGGAAUCGUAUCAAAUGUGAUCAGUAUUGGCCAACGAGGGGAUCGUCUUUAUAUGGUAGUAUACAGGUUACACUCCUUGAGACGCUGGAGUUAGCGCAUUAUACUAUUCGUACAAUGCGACUACAGCAUAGAGGAAGUACAGAAUUGAGAGAUGUGAAGCAUUUACAGUACACAGCUUGGCCAGACCACGGGGUGCCUGAUCAUCCGACCCCGUUCCUUAUAGCUAAGGGGUAUUUUAGUGCUGGUAUCGGCCGAACUGGUGCUUUCAUUGUGAUCGAUUGUAUGCUUGAGCGGUUGCGAUACGAAAACACUGUCGAUAUCUACGGAUGUGUUACGGCUCUGCGAUCGCAAAGAUCCUAUAUGGUUCAGACAGAAGAUCAGUAUAUUUUCAUUCAUGAUUCGGUGCUUGAUGCCGUUUUAUCUGGAUCUACUGAAGUGCCAGCCGGCAAACUUUAUACACAUAUCCAAGCGCUUUUGCAAAUUCAACCCGUUGAUCAAGCUUCUGGAAUGGAACUUGAGUUUAGGCAUUUGGCCACUUUAAAAAUGUUGAAUUCGCGUUGUGUCGUCGCAAAUUUACCAGUGAAUCGACCGAAAAAUCGCCUUGUCAAUAUGGUACCAUAUGAUUCGACUCGAGUUAUCCUACAUGCAAUACCCGGCCUCGAAGGCUCAGAUUAUAUCAACGCCUCAUGGAUAGAUGGAUAUCGGCAGCGUGGUGCAUAUAUAGCCACUCAAGGACCAUUGCCGCAUACAGCAAACGAUUUUUGGCGCAUGAUUUGGGAGUGCGAAUCGUCAAUUGUUGUAAUGAUGAUUAAAACGAGAGAAAUGGGGCGUGAGAAGUGUUGUGAGUAUUGGCCAGCAGAAUCUGGAGCACAAUUCGGGCAGUUAGUAAUUGAGCCGAUCGCUGAAUACAAUAUGCCGCAGUAUGUGCUGCGUGAGUUCCGAAUAACUGAUACUCAGAGCGGACAAACGAGGACCAUACGUCACUUCCAGUACACAGAAUGGCCAGAACAAGGACCACCGAAAAGUGCCGAACUCUUUAUUGACUUCAUACAUCAGGUGCAUCGGACGAAAACACAGUUCGGUGUUGAGGGUCCAAUAACAGUGCACUGUUCAACAGGCGCAAGUCGGACAGGAGUCUUCAUAGCGCUGAGUAUUAUAAUUGACCGAAUGAAACUCGAACAUGUUGUCGAUGUAUUCACCACCGUCAAGCUGCUACGUACUGAACGUCAAAACAUGGUGCAAGAUAAAGAACAAUAUCAUUUCUGCUAUCAAGCUGCGCUAGAGUUCUUGGCCACUUAUGAUAACCUCUACCAGAUGCAAUAA